AUGAAAAGACCUAUUGCCAACUUGUACUCAAUGUCAAGCGUUCUUGCCUACGAAACUCUUGUUGAGGAUACUGUUCGUGUCAUGAUUGAUCAAUUGGACAAACGGUUCGCGAGCACGGGACAGCCUUGUGAUCUCAGCAGCUGGUUGCAAUUUUACGCUUUCGAUGUUAUUAGUGCUGCCACAUUCUCUAGCAGAGUUGGAUUCAUCGAUAACGGCGAGGACGUUGGAGGAGUUAUGGAGGGUAUAUGGAGCCGCUUCAAGUAUUUUGCGACGAUCGGGCAAAUGCCAUGGCUUGAUAAGUUUUGGGAUAAAAGUCCCUUGAUUAAUACGCUCUUUCCAGCCAAGUCGUCCCCAAUUGCCGCAUUCGCGAUGAAUCUUACAGGCAAAAGACUGGGGGAGUUAUCCGCAUCGGAAAAUAAUGAGAAGGAGGCCACAAAGAAGAGUGACUUCCUCUCCAAGUUCCUUGAGAUCAAAGCAAAACACAAAGAUUUGCCUGAUUGGUAUCUUACUUCAUGGACUAUAUCCAACAUGCUUGCUGGUAGUGAUACUACAGCGAUCAACCUUAGAGCAAUAUUCUACUACUUGCUGCGGCAUCCACAUAGUCUUCAGCGAGUAUUGGAUGAGAUCAAGGAAGCGGAGGCCGAAAAUCGCCUCUCAGAGAUAAUAACAUACAAUGAGAGCAAAACCCUAAAAUACUUAGAUGCUUGCAUUAAGGAAUCUGGUCGUCUUCAUCCUUCUAUUGGGCUUCCUCUUGAACGAGUUGUUCCCCCGGGUGGCAUGGAAAUAAAUGGACAUCGUCUUCCUGGCGGGACUAUCAUUGGAAUUAAUGCGUGGACGUGUCAGCGUGAUUACAAUGUGUUCGGUGAAGAUGCUGAUGAGUGGAAACCGGAGAGGUGGCUGGUUGAUGAUGCUCGCGCAAAUGAGAUGAGUCGUGCGAUAUUGCUGGUGAGUAAUAGUUUUCUCAUUCUUGCCCUCUUUUCUUCUGCAGAGACGUCGGAGUCUUGA